AUGAAGGACCGCGUGACCAAAAUGGAAGUCAUUCCGCAAAUCUCUGAACUGGAUGUGCUGGUCGCGAUAUUUCCACAUGAAGAAGUCAACAAUCUAACUCACUAUUACCAGAUGCUGGGAUUUGACGGAUGUGUAAAGCUGCUUGUAGAACUUGGAACUUAUGUAGACUGGUCAGCUUCCGUGACUGAGGGAGCUUUUGUGGAGGAGCUAGCAGCGGCGGAGAUGAGUGGUACUUGUCCCCACGCGCCGCCUCCUAGAACUGACUGGCAAAGAAUUGCCGAACAAGAAGGCAUGAAUGGAGAUGGAUCAUCAGUUGAGGAGGAGUGCAAUGUGAGUGUACCGCUUUGGCUUUUGGAGCAGUUGUACUUGGUUUGGCAAGGAGACUCUCGUCAAAUGCAGCAUGCACAUGACGCGCAGCUGGCGUCGGUUUUGCAAGAGCACGAAGACGAAGAACCAAGCUUUACUACCGUGAAGAAACAGAUGACGGUUGCCCAGAAGCUCAACUUGAAUGAGCUCAUCAAGGACUUCCGGUGCGAUGCCGAGUCCAUUCGAAGGAUAUAUGAAGACAAUAAGUAUGAUGCUGCUGCAACACGCGUGACGCUUCAUUUAAUGCUAAAUCCUGACGAUGAA